AUGUCGAAAGAGGAAGAAGAGUAUCAAGAAGUUUUCCCUCCGGACUCUUCGAGCGAGUCCUCAUCGAAACAGCAUUACCGAGACAUCGCACUUGGUUUAGUGAACAGCGCGGUACAAAGGGGUAACAACAUUGCUCAACAAAAACCCGGAAGCAGGAGAGCUCUUGCUGCAAGUACUGCAACCACUCUUUUGGAAAUGGGGAUGGAAAGGUUCAACACCAAUAAUGGCAGGGGAUUGCCAUCGAACUUGACGGCUGAGGAUAUUCAACAUAUCGCAUCCAUGCCCGAUUCAGCCGAGGAUAACGAAAGCAAGGCGUCAUCGUCCACUAAUAGCCACUUUGCUGAUCGUUUAAUUGAAAAAUUGCUCAAGUCUACUUUGCCAGAAGAUAUUCCGGAAAGAGAGAUUUUUGAAAAACGGUUACGUGAUCCUGAAAGAAACAAAAGACCUGGAUUAUCAAUUGGAACUUUGGCAUCGAAUGUGAAGAAAUUGGCCAGUAAAAUGUCAAACUUUUUUGCACUACAGUAUGCAUUGAUAUAUGUCAUUACUUGGAAACAGCCAACAAAGACAUUGAGUGUUCUUGUGCUCUAUACUGCAGCCUGUCUUUGGCCACAUUUAAUCAUUGCAUACCCUCUAAUUUUUCUUCUUUUUGGUGUUCUUAUACCUGGGUACGUUCACAGGCACCCACCAAGACGCCUCGAUUUGAUUAAAGUAAAGAAAAGAGGACAAUCCUUGCUCAGUUUUUUCAACUCCACCUCCGAGUCUAGUAUUGUGGAAGAUAUGGUUGAUGAAGACUACCUAAAGGAGGAUGCGGAGAUUGCGUCGUCGGGGUACUCAAUAUCUGACGAGGCAUCCGAAAUCACCAUCUCGUCGACUCAAGUGAACUCUAGUGAAGCGAAAAGUGGCACUGGUCAAAGGGAGAAGAAAGAGACUGCAAAACACAGAAAAUCCAAUUUGGACUUGUUGAUUAAUUUGCGAGAUUUCCAAAACUUGACUUCAGACUUGAUCAAAGGCAUGGAUAAAGGAGAGCAAUUUUAUUUCGAGACUGCUGGAUUCAAGGAUGAAAGAUUGUCAACUUUUAUAUUUUAUGGUGUUUUACUUGCCACUUUUGCCACUUUGUUUCUUGGUCAAUUCAUUCCAUGGAGAGCAAUUUUUAUCCAAUCCGGUUGGGUAGGAUUAAUUUUGUGCCAUCCAAAGGCCAAAAAGUAUUUGGUUGACAUGAGCAAUACCAGGAAGGCUCGGGCAAGAAAAGCAAAAGAGGACAAGGAGGCUGAGUUGAGCCAGCAUCCAGAACUGCAAGGCUCAGACGAGCUGCAAACCAAGUCAACUUUCAUUGAUGAUCUUCUCAAUGACGGGAAAAAGUUUGAUCGUGAUGACAUCAUCGUUGACGAUGCUCCAGAGGUGAGGAUAGUGGAAGUAUUCCAAUUGCAAAUCAAAAGCAUUUUGAAACACGACUGGUCUUUCUAUCGGUACUCCACCACCAUGUACGACACAGAGAACAAAACCAGGACUUCAGGGAAGAGACCUCAGGGAGUUGAGUACUUGUCAGAGGUGCUACCACCCCAUGAUUGGAAAUUCGAUAUGGGUUUUGUUAACAAGUGGGUGUUGGAUACCAAUCCAAAAACGUUUAUUGAGGAACGAAACUUGAAACCAGACUUGUUUAUAGUCAAGGAUAAUGAGCAGGAAGGGUGGAUAUACGAUAACAUGGAGGGAGUCGUGCAUCUGGACAUCGUUUAUGAGUUUAGAAGACGGAGACUAUAUAGGGAAUGCUAUAGGUAUGCUAGGCCACACAAAAGGCCCAAAAGCGACUAA